UCCUGAGCUGAGAGGUACAGCAGCCGCAAAUACCAAACUUAUAUCAACAGCAUAUCACAGCUUUCACAAGCUUUUACACCGAAACAGGUGUCUAUAUGAAAGUAUUUACUGUCUCUUUAUUUAGAGGAUAGAUGAUGUUGACUCCACUCUCGGCUUUUCAGGCUCGGUUAGCUCAGGUGAUGGAAACCUUGGUAAAAACAGCGGUGUUAGAGAUCAGUAAACUUGUGGAGCUGGAAUGUAAAAUCCUCCUCUCCGAGGUCAACCGAGGUCAACACGAGAUCACCUUCCUGAGGAAGAGACUGCAGCUGAUGGAGAAACACGUGGCAACAAAUAGUGCCACCCAGAACCAGGACUCUGGGAACACAGGAACUGUCAGUACAUCAGUUCAGGAGGACAGCUCCAAGACUGAGAACCAGAGCUCCAGAACUGAGAACCACAGCUCCAGACCCGACAACCAGAGCUCCAGAACUGAGAACCCUAGCUCCAGACUAGAGAACCACACCUCAAGAACUGAGAACGAGCGCUCCAGACUAGAGAACCACAGCUUUAGAACUGAGAACCAGCGCUCCAAGAAUGAGAACCACAGCUCCAGAACUGAGAACCACAGCUGCAGAACAUUGAACAGUCCUAGAACUGAGAACCACAGCUGCAAAACAGAGACCUACUCCUCUAGACUAUUGAACAGCUCCAGAACAGAGAACCACACCUACAGAAUAUUGAACAGCUCCAGAACAGAGAACCACAGUUCCACAGCAGAGAACCACACCUACAGAACAUUGAACAGCUCCACAACAGAGAACCACAACCCCGCUUUAGAGAUCCACAGUUACAGAACCGAGAACCAGUCCAAUAUUAAAAGAGAGAGUGAUCUGGAAGAGUCCAGUGAAGAUUUGCCUGCUUUGCUAGACCUCCCUCUGACCACUGAACAGGACCAUGCUCAUACGAGAGAAAAACAAUAUGACUGUAAUCUGCAGCAGGAGCAUUACAGAGAAAACCAGACUUCUGAAGUAAAGAUCAAACAGGAGGAGGUCUGGGAUGCCGAAUCUCGAGGAGAGAAGACAAAAAAUGGCGUACAUAGCACUGAGGAAAUAUCUACCAGACGUUUCAGUGAAGAAUCUGCUCACACACAGACUCGGGACAGUAGCUUUUUUGGAAAUAAAUUACACUCCUCUGCUUUCAAAGUGCAUUUGAACUUAGAGACUGGCAGCACACUCCCUUAUCUCCUAGCGAAGCCUGUCAGGAGGCACGUGGAGUCCAGGUUCCAGGAAGAGAAGCGCUUUGCGUGUCCGCUCUGCGGGAAGUGUUUCAAGUGUUUCAGCCAGCUGGAAAUCCACAAGCGGAGUCACACAGGUGAGAAGCCAUACAGGUGCACUCUGUGCGGUAAGAAGUACGCACAGAAAGGUCACCUGUACACACACCAGCGCACACACACUGGAGAGAAGCCAUACCGCUGUAUGCACUGCGGCAAAGCUUUUAUACAAAAAUGCUCUCUGGACAUGCACCAGAGAACUCACACUGGAGAGAAACCCUUCAGUUGUGUCAAAUGUGGAAAAGGUUUUACCAAGAAAUUCAAUCUCAACAAACAUCUGGCCGUACACUCAGACAUCAGUGAUUUGAACAUCAGAACUGAGAACGGAUCCGGUCUACAUUCUUCAGGCCUUGUUCACUGAGAUUUUACUGAUGACUUGACCCCCUGAGGAUCAAGAAUACUUUUAAAUGCUAGCCAGCUUUGCUAAGAAUUACCAUACAAGCUGGUGCGUCAGGAAAUAUUAGCUAAGUAAUUUUAAGCUUGUUGUCUAGCUAAUGAAACUGUAAUAACAACCUGUGGAAAGGUACAGUAUAUUCAUAAUAAAGCUAAGGUUACCCCAAUGGCUUUAAUUUAAACUGUAAAACUGUGGUAGGUAAAGGCCUCUUUUUUGUUUGUAUUAGCUAGCUAACAUGAACUAGAUCUACUGAACUAGCAUUAAUUGAGCUAGAUAACAUGAAGCUUAAAUAAUGAACAGAUGAGCUGAGCUUCUACAGCUACUGUAUAUGGGAAAUAGCCUAGUUAUUUAGCUAACAUUUACUGAAACAGCAACUUCUGCUAAGGUUAUUUGAGCAUUUAGACAGAGCAAGUUUUGUCAUUUUAGCCUUAUCUUUAUCUAUAUUUUUGGCUCCUUUAGUUAGCAAACCGAGUUGCUUUCUGUAAUUUAGCAAAGCUAGCUUACAUAGCUAAAAUAACUUACCACAGGUUUCAGUUGAGGUUAUUUAGGUGACUAUAGCUUUGCUAGUUAACUAUUUGAUCAAUCAUAACUACUAGUUAUGAAAAAUCAUCCUCUUUGCUUGUCCACAAUGUUGUGUGAAAUUAAUAUUUUUACAUUACUUCAGUGACAGGCUAGCUUAAUAGCUGUUUUGUGUGAAAUUUUAUUUCUCAAUGUAGCAAGAUUUUCAAAAGUUGUUAAGACUAAGACUUUUUUCUUGUAAAAUGUGUUCCAGUACCAUUUUAAGGGAGGAAAAACUAUUAAAAAAAAUUUCCCUCUUAAACCAAGCUAAAGAAAACAUAAAAUCUUUAAAUAUAUCUAUGCCUUAACCAUUCACUGGGGAAAUGUCUUAUUCAACACUGUAACUAGUUAACUGUUUAUAAAGCGGGUUUUGUUGGGAGCGUUCCCUAACAGAAUGUUUCAGAUAUUUAUUUCUGUUGAAAUCUUGCCCAGAGAUCAGGUACUGUAAGUGGAAAUAAUGAUUGGCUACCACACACUACCGAAGUAUUGUAAACAGUGAUA